AUGCACACCGUCUUUCGAAUCGGUGAAGUUCGAAAAAUUGAUAAGAAAAGUCCACUUUAUGAAGUGGAACUCAAACUUACGUCGGAUGAUGACCAACAGCUUCGUCAAUUAACCGAUCGUAUACGAGAAGAAUCUUCGGGUGGCACUGGAUGGUAUCGACUGGGUUCUUUGCUACUCCAAAUAGGUCAAUUCAACAAGGCCGAAGAAUUGUACAUGGCACUACUAGAACAGGCAUCCGACGACAGUGAUAAAGCAAUUAUCUAUCACCAGCUUGGAUGGUUGAAAGACGACCAAGGACAAUACCAAGAAGCAGCUUCAUUUUAUGAAAUGUCUCUCAAAAUUGAACGAAAAACUCUACCAGAAGAUCAUCCUUCAUUGGCUACUUCCUACAACAACAUUGCUCUAGUGUAUAAUAACAUGGGUGACUACUCGAAAGCACUUGAAUUUUACGAAAAAUCACAUAAAAUAAAAGAAAAAGCUCUGCCUUCGAAUCAUCCCGAUUUGGCUGCUUCCUACAACAACAUCGGUCUCGUGUAUAACGACAUGGGUGACUACUCGAAAGCACUUGAAUUUUACGAAAAAGAUCUCGAAAUCAAGAAAAAAGCUCUGCCUCCGAAUCAUCCCGAUUUGGCUAUUUCCUACAACAACAUUGGUGGAGUGUACAACAACAUGGGUGACUACUCGAAAGCACUUCAAUUUUAUGAAAGAUCACAUCAAAUCUUGGAAAAAGCUCUGCCUCCGAAUCAUCCAGAUUUGGCUACUUCCUACAACAACAUCGGUGGAGUGUACAACAACAUGGGUGACUACUCGAAAGCACUUGAAUAUUCUAAAAAGGACUUCGAAAUUACAAAACAAGUUCUGCCUGAGAAUCAUCCAGAUUUGGCUACUACAUACAGCUGGUUCGGAAAGAUUUAUCGCAGUAUGAAAGAUUAUCCAAAAGCACUUGAUAAUUUCGAAAAGUGUCUCGCAAUAGUUCAAAAAACGUUACCUGAAAGACAUCCCAAUCGAGCUAUUACAUAUAGUAAUAUAGGUGAUGUUCAUCGAUUAAUGGGUAAUUAUGAAAAAGCACUUGCAUUCCAUCAAAAAGCAUUAAAUAUUCAAGAAAAUGUUCAAUGUAAUCCUCUGGAAUGUGCAACGACAUAUAUAAAUUUAGGUGAAACUUAUCGUGAAAUGAAAGAUUAUUCAAAAGCAUUGACAUAUUUCGAAAAAGGAUUAGAAAUACGUGAAAAGAAAUUACCAAAAAAUCAUCCUGAUUUAGCUGUUGUAUAUCAUAAUAUGGCAAAAUUAUAUUUGGCUACACGAAAAUAUAGUAUGGCAAUGAAAAAUAUUCAACAAACAGUUGAAAUAGCUCAAGAAAAAUUACCUUCAACUCAUCCUCAUCUUUUGGAAUAUAAUGAAACAUUUGAAAGAAUUCGAAAGAAAAUGUAA